AUGAUUCCUAGACGGAGCCUGGCCACGCUGGCCAGCCAUCCGACGCUCCUGCGAUCCUCGAACAGACAGUUCCUCCUUGGCACCAUUCCUGGGCGAAGAACUGGCGAUAUUUUCCUUCACAGAUCUUUAGGUUGUGCGUGGGAAAGCACGGCUGUUCCUCCGACACCCCCUGCUACUCCAUUUCCGUCCUCACCUUCGUCUGAGCCAGCGUCAUCGACUUCCGCGAAUAAGGAACAAGAGACGGGCCAUUUCGACGUCAAGCCUAACGAGUCUCUCUUCUUCUUUGAAAAUAUAUUUCCAAAGAAGCUGAGCUCACUGCUCAGAUAUCCCACAGAAACAGAUGGCGACAUGACAGCGUUGCUGCGCCGCUUCUACAGCUCGUCUAGUAGCGGCGGCAGCAGUCUGGAUCCAAUGGCACUUGUUAAAAGAGCCAUACCUGAUGAUAUACCGUUAAAGGUCACUGAAAUUCUGCCCCGGUUAAAGGAUGGCGGCGCGUUUGUCAAGCUCGAACAGCACCCGCUGAAACCAUGGUUCAGCCCCUUUCGUGGCAUCAAGGCUCGUCUCGUCAAAGGUACGCCGUGGCUGGAGGAUUUGUAUCGAUUUCCCUCAAGCUUGAUCAAGGUUGAGUUUGUGCCGCCCGAGCCUGGUGCGACCGCCGAAGAGUUGUCGGAAGAGAACCUCUACAGCAUGUUUCGCCGCUAUGGCAAGAUUGCCGACAUCCUCCCCCAGCCGUUUGACUCCAAGGUCGUGCCAAAGUAUGCUCACAUUGGGUUCCCCCGAUUGAGUGACGCAAUCAUGGCUCGGAACUGUAUGCACGGCUUCAUUGUUGGAGAGUCCAAGGGCGGUGGCAAGACGGGCACGCUACUGCGACUGUCCUAUGUCAAGAGGGUCAAGGCCCAUAGCAUAUGGAACUGGUUGACGAGCCACCCGCGUAUCGUUAUUCCCAUUCUUGCGGCCCUGCUGGCGGGUGCGUCGGUCAUCAUUUUUGACCCUAUUCGGACCUUCUUUAUCAAGCUACAUGUGUCGCACUCGUUCAGGUUUACCGAAUCUAGGCUGUACAAGUGGUUCAAAUCUCAGACGGACAACUUCUCCUUUAGACGAAACCAACAUAUGGAAGGUCUGAACACGGUGUGGAAUCAUCGGCGCGAUCUGAUUGAGCAGCUCCGGAACUGGCUUGACGGCAGCUCGGAUACGUUUGUCGUCAUCACCGGCCCGAGGGGAUCAGGCAAGAUUGAAAUGGUCAUGGAUCAAGCCUUGGCUGGACGCAAGAAUGUCCUCUUGGUCGACUGCAAGCCCAUAGUGGACGCCAGCGGCGAGGCUGGCACUAUAAAACGCCUGGCGGCGGCCGUGGGAUUCCGACCCGUCUUUUCCUGGGCAAACAGUAUGAGCAGUAUGAUUGAUCUGGCUGUGCAGAGCACCACCGGCGUCAAGGCAGGGUUUUCCGAGACUUUGGACACCCAGGUGAACAAGAUCCUGCAUACUACAACGGGCGCGCUCAAGGAAAUUGGUCUGUCGAGCCGAUCCAAGCACGACAAGGAUGCGCAGCUGUCGGAGGACGCAUACCUUGAGGCGCACCCGGAAAACAGACCGGUCAUUGUUAUCGACAACUAUUUGCACAAGAAUGAAGAAAUGACGAUUGUCUAUGACAAGAUUGCGGACUGGGCAGCCUCUCUGGUUCAGAACAAUGUUGCGCACGUAAUCUUCCUCACAUCGGACUCCUCAUACUCGAAGCCGCUGUCACGGGCCAUGCCAGACCGCGUCUUCCGAACACUGUCGUUGGGCGACUUGGAACACAAUGUGGCCAAGCGUUUCGUCACCAGUCGACUUGCCGAAGACCAGCCCGAGAGUGCGGACGGGCCCGACGAGAAUGGAGAUGUGGCCGCCAAACGGAUGGACUUGACCGGCUUGGAUGAAUGCAUUGAAACUCUUGGCGGGCGUCUGACGGACUUGGAAUUUCUGUCAAGACGCAUCAAAGCCGGCCAAACGCCACGCCAAGCCGUCGACGAAAUCGUCACCGAAACGGCCACGGACAUUGUCAAGAUCUUCCUCAUGGGCAAAACCAUAGAGUCGGAGAAGAAGUGGUCUGCGGAACAGGCAUGGUACCUGAUCAAGUCGCUGGCCGACUCUCCGUCCCUUCGCUACCACCAAGUUCUGCUCUCACCAGCCUUUGCCUCAUCCACGUCCAGCAAUGCCACCGACGGCGAGGCCGCGCUCGAAGCACUGGUUGGCGCGGAGCUCAUUUCCCUGAAGACGCACCAGGGCCGCCCGAAGCUAAUCAGCGCCGGCAAACCCCUCCACCAGGCAGCCUUUGCCGUUCUCGUGAGAGACCGCGUGCUCAAGGCCAAGAUGGACAUGGCUAUCAUGAAGGAAAUGACAAAAGUGGAAACCAAGGCCAUUGACGCCUUAGAAACAGAGUUGUCCUUGCUGGGUCAGUUGCCCAGACAGACAAUGGAGACGGCGGGCAGAGUGACGUACUUGUUGGAAAAGCUGGAUGCAAGUCAGCGCAACAUUGACGCGCUGGAGAAACAAAUGGUUGGGUUGAAGAAGGUUCUGGUGGAAGAGUAUUAG